AUGACUCAAUUGACAUUUCUUCAAAAGUGCAACACACCAUUAAUCCAGGUAGUUUUCUUGGGUAUUGUAUGUCUGUGCUGUCCUGGUAUGUUUAAUGCCUUGUCUGGGCUCGGUGCUGGUGGCUCCAUGAGCUCCAAUGUUGCCCUGACAGAUGCUGCUAAUGGUGCUUUAUACGGUUGCUUUGCUAUUGUUGGUUUCUUUGCUGGUACAUUCACCAACACGAUUGGCGUUAAAUAUACAUUGACUAUUGGUUCCAUUGGGUACGCACUUUACUCGGCCGCUUUCUGGAUCUAUGACAGAAAGCAAGUGUCUGGAUUUGUUGUUGCUGCUGGCGCCAUCUUGGGUUGCUGUGCUGGUGUAUUCUGGUCUGCUCAGGGCUCCAUUAUGAUGUCUUACCCCGAAGAAAAGAACAAGGGCAAAUACGUUGCCAUCUUCUGGGCUCUGUUCAACUUUGGUGGUAUCCUGGGCUCCAUCAUUGCUCUUGCUCUCAAUCUAGAGAACCAAGCUGGCGGUGUGAGCACAGGUACCUAUACAGCCUUUGUAGUCAUCAUGCUGGUCGGUGUUGUCUUUUCUCUCGUGAUUGCUCCUCCUUCUAAGGUAGUCCGUCCUAAUGGCACUCAUGUUGCCGUUGCCAAGGCUUCGCACUGGACCGCUGAGCUCAAGGGCGUCUUGCUUGUUUGGAAAGAAUGGCGUAUGAUCUAUCUCAUUCCUGCCUUUUUGGCCUCCAACUGGUUUUACUCUUACCAAUUUAGAAUCAACGCUGUCUAUUUUGAUGCCUCUGCUCGUGCUCUUAAUGACACCAUGUACUGGGGUCUCCAGAUUAUCGGUUCUUUGAUGAUUGGUGUCUUGUUAGAUUACCAACGCAUGACUCGCCGUGGCCGUGGUUUGCUGGCAUUAGCCAUCUUGUUUCUUGUCGUGAUGGGCGUUUGGGCUGGCGGUUUCGCUUUCCAACUGACAUUUGACAACGAUUUUGACUCUCCUAUCGGCUGGAAGGAUCCCGGUUUUGGUGGUCCCUUUGUGCUGUACAUGCUGUAUGGUUUUACUGAUUCCUUAUAUCAGUCCUACAUGUACUGGUUGAUGGGUGCCAUGUCCAAUGAUCCCUCCUUGCUUGCUCGUUAUGCUGGUUUUUACAAGGCCACUCAAUCUGCUGGUGCUGCUAUUUCUUUCGGUAUUGACGCUGUUAAUAUCCCACUGAAAUGGGAAUGUCUCAUUUGCUGGCUGUUGGUCUUUGUAUCAUUCCCCUUGAUUGCCGUGGUCGCUCACAAUGUGAGUGAGACGAAUGAAGACCCUGUUGAAAACCAAAUCAACGAUGACGAAGGUUUUACCAGGUCUUCCAUCAACUCCAAUGAAAAAGCUCAUAUUGAGCAAACAUCAUGUGCUUAA